CAUAGGCACAGUGGCAGUCAUUGAAGCUCCUCACACGUCAACGCUAGCUGACUUACUACCCGUACAUGCACAAGAGUAAAGUCACAAGGAGACAACAGCACUUUACCUGUAUACUUUGACUAUCUGUCUUGUUGGCUGACUAUCGGUCGCAGAGUCUCACGGCUCACACUACCAACACUACAAACACGCAGUUGAGCAAAAGAACUCAGGUAACAACAAUAAUGCAAACACAGUCGAUUUUGGUGAGCGUGAGAAAAAACGUAAAGGAGCCGUCGAUCGUUCGUGUGCGAGUCGUGUGUGUUCGUCGCUGCCUGGCUUGCUGACUUCGUGCGCCAAAUCGUCGUGGUAGUUGGUCGUGGCUGUCGAAAUCCUCGUGUGGUAAGGAUCAUUUUGAGUGUGCGCAUUCCUGACGAUCAGUAUCCUGUUGGAGUUAAACGCGCGUGGUUAUAUGUUUUGCGCGCCGCAUAAAAAAUUGCCAAAGCAUGCAAGUGAUAAUAAAUUAAAAAACGAAAAAAUACUCUGUUCUACAUGAACUGUUGCAAUAAAAAAUGUUGAAGCACAACUGAUUGAAGUAUGAAACGUUAAGGGAAUUUUGUGCAAUAAAAAAAGCAAAAACAAAUAGCACUGCGCUUAAGUCGCUUGUGUAGACCAAAGUUUUCCUUUAAGUGUUGUGUUUCAAAAAUUAUUGUUGUUGUUUCUGUAUUCAAACAAACCAUAACGUAGCGAAUGUGUGCCAAUGCCUUUAUGAAAAAAAAAUUGUAAUGUGUUGAUAAUAAACCUAUUUUCAAUUGCAAAACCAUUAUAUUUUUGGAUAACCAUUAAUUUGCAAUACUAAACUUACAAUAAUGGAUUACAAAAACGAUUUUCAAUCGGAUGAUGAUUUCGAUUGUUCCAAUGGUUAUAGCGAUAGCUAUAACGGUACAAACGGCAGUGGUCAGGCGCAAAUGUUGAAUCCGCACGGACUGUCGAAGGCCGAAUUGAGAAAGACAAAUAAGCCAAUUAUGGAAAAGCGGCGGCGUGCGCGUAUAAAUCAUUGCCUCAACGAGCUGAAGACUUUAAUACUGGAAGCUAUGAAGAAAGACCCCGCUCGUCACACCAAACUGGAAAAGGCCGAUAUACUAGAAAUGACCGUCAAGCAUUUGCAAUCCGUACAGCGCCAACAACUAAACAUGGCAAUCCAAACGGACCCCACAGUGGUGCACAAAUUUAAGACUGGUUUCAUUGAAUGCGCCGAGGAGGUCAAUCGCUAUAUCAACCAACUGGAUGGCGUAGACGCAAUAGUUCGACAGCGACUUACCAACCACCUAAAUAAUUGCGCCAGCAAUCUGGAACAACUCGGCUCCAUGACAAACUUCAAUAAUGGCUAUCGCGGCCAACUGGCAAUGAGCAUGUCGGCGCCGAGCAAUCUUUUCGGUGCUGCGUUAGCUGCAAAUCCGCUAGCAAUGCCCAGCGCCGCAGCGUCUGGAGCGCUUUUUCCUCCACUGCCGCAGGACUUAAACAAUAACAACAGCAACGGCGGCGUCAAUGUCGGCGUCGGGGUCAGCUUCGGCAACAAUCUUAAUGCGGCCGCCCCACCCAUUCCACCCGUGCAAAUGGGUGGCGUACAAUUGAUACCGUCACGCUUGCCUUCCGGAGAAUUUGCGCUGAUUAUGCCUACCACGCAUGCGAACAUCUUGAAUAAUAAUACCAUCAACAACAACAAUAGCAAUAGUUUGCCUUUUGGCAGUUUUCCGCAGAGCAGGAAUGCCGCUGCAGCGGCAUCUCCAGUGGUGACUUCAAAAUCCACAGCAAGCAUAGCGGCUGUGGGUGUGGUGAUGCCCGUCGCAGUUGCGCCUGUCAAUGAUUUUGCGGCAAACUACAAACGUUUAAGCGCAUUUAGCCGACCACCAGCAGCGCCGACGCAGUUACAAGUUGAUGUGCCGACAAACAGUGGCAGUGUCAGCAGCAAAAGUGACUACUCAGCCGCAAAUGCACUGCCUACUCAACAACAACAUUUGCAAGAACGGGCCGCUCCUGUAAACCACCAACUACACCAAAACAGCUCCACCGCGACCAACAGUCCACCACUGAGUCCCAUUUCAUCGGUGUCCAGUCAAGGCGAUGAUUCGCUGAUGCACACCAGCUCCGACUUCAACGGUUCGCGCUCAGCCACACCUCCACUCGAUGUCACCGGCGAUCAUCAACAAUUGGAGCACAACUUCUCCGGCGUAUUUUCCACACCAUCCAGUGCAGAGUCGUCGCUUACCACCGGCUCAACCUCAUCGCUCUCUUCCGCAACCAAAGCCAACACCAAAUUGUCAUUGCAUUUACAGCAACAACAAGUAACUUCGACCAGCGGCAAUGCCGGCAACAGUUACAAUACUAGCAUAAGCAGCAACAACAAUACAAACAAUAACGAGUGCAGUGAUAGUGGCAUCGAACUGAAUGUGUCUCUGAAACGAUGCAUCGACGACGAAGCGGACUCUAGCGAUGCUAGUGAGGCACCUGCCUGCAAGAAAGUUGCCUUGGAGUUGAAAACACGGAAUGAAGAUUCAGAUUUGGGACUAGUCGAUGAGCAACAACGAGUUUUAGUUAAGCAGAAAUACAAAUUACAGGAACUGAAAGAAGAUAGCGAUAAUAUGUGGCGACCCUGGUGAUACACCCACUCCACCCAUUCUGGGCUGGUCGCCUUUGCCACGCGCAAAAUGCGAUUUAGAGCCAAAUCAAGGGUGCUGUGAAGUUCCAUAUUUAGGAGGUUCACUUAACAGUGUUGCCAGCUAUUUGUACCGAAUAGUUAGUCCUUUGUUUCGCG